UUGGGAUAGUUGGCCCAGCAAUUGAAAGUACGUUGUCUUGGUUCAGGUUAGUCCUUGUCGGUCAGAAAUAUUCUGUUGUUCCAAACGGAUAUCAGCACGCGCCGUGCUUGGUGCCUGUUACCGCUUCGGGAGUGACCUAUUAGUGGAAUAAUCGCUUUUGACAUCGGCUUAGCCUAGGCACCAAAAUACAACAUCAUAUUCUUCUUCACCAAGGUAAACACGGCGAUAUGCAGGACAGCGACUCUCGGAACAGCGGAGCGGGGACGAGGGGCGGCCGGCAGGGCAGAGUGUUUAAAGACUACAAGAGGAUCAAGUUGUCUCCCAAAGUGUGGCAGGACUGGCGCGCCAGACAGGAGCAGCUGGGCUUCACCACGGCGAACGAGCUGGCCAAAUAUCUCCUGUCUCUCAGUACCGAUCAUGUCAGGAAGGUAGAGGGCGCUGGAGACACAGCUGGCAACACGGAGACGUCUGCGUCAACAACAAGCUGGCUUGGCCAGCUGUCGACACCGCAGGGCAGGACUCCCGUCUUGACCGGCGGACCGUACAGUGACCUGUCCCCGACCUGACCACGGCGGGCACCCGGUCCAGGGCGACCUCAUCGAAGUGAUGCAGAUUGCGUCUUAUUUCAUCUAAAUGAUAUAGAUAUGUUUAUAGAAAUGGUUGUAGAAAAUAUGUGUUUCGCUCUUUUGUAACACAAUCUCUGGGACCUUACAUUAUGGUUGUCAUGUCACCUUAUUUUGUGCGCUACUGCAUGUACAUUUAUGGUAUCGUGCGGUAUAAUAAUUAACAACAGAACCUUUUAGAAAGAUUCCGAGGAAGGAAGAUUGAACUGUUGAUGUGAGGAAAACGUGGCAAGGCAGAGACAAUGACACAGGCGCACUAAUAGAUGACAGUUUUGUUGUCAUGACAUUAUUUUGUCUUUUUUUAUCUCUCGGGAAUAAAUGUAUAGUGAUAAGAAUUAUGACGCUAUGGGGCUCACGAUGGUGUUGAUAAGUAUUAAAGAUGUCGCUUGUUUUUGUA